GCGGAGCCUGCGGAGCGCGGGGAGCAGCACGUGCGGGGCGCGGGCACCGGAGCAUCACCGGGAGCGGGGUGAGCACCGGGUACGGAGCGACCCCCGCACGCACACCAGGAGCUUCACGGUGCGACCCCCGCACGCUGCAGCUCCUCACUUCGCACAGAGUUACCCUGCGCAGUGGGAGCCUCACAGCGCAUGGAGGGAGCCCGCACACCCCGGGGCUCCUCACUAUGCACCGGGUGCCCCGCGCACCUCCUGCGGACUGUCAGCAGACCAUGCAGGUGCCCGUGUCCCCGCAGUUAGGGUGGCCCUGCAGUGCCGUGUCCGUCCCCGCCGCAGGGCCCCGAGCAGCGCACGGAGCUAUUUUUGGGCCGUGCCGAGCGGCAGUGCCAGGGGGGCCCCGCGUCACAGGCGGGCCCUGCCGCCUCGGCACCGCGCUCAUUCCUGCCGGCACACGGGGAGCAGCAGCACAGCUCGGCUCGGAUCCCCCGCCUCACACACAGGGAGAGAUGGCAGGUGGCAUUUUCUCGCCACUGGGCAGCUGCUCGGAGCUGGAGAAGGCCAACUGCCACCCGCUGGUGUGCCUGCUCUGCCACGAGCCCUACCAGCACCCCUGCCUGCUCGACUGCUACCACAACUUCUGUGCCAGCUGCCUGCGAGGCCGUGCCAGCGAUGGCCGCCUGCGCUGCCCACUCUGCGGGCACCCCUCGGUGGUGAGGGGAGGCACAGGGCUGCCCCCCGUGGACCGGCUGCUGCAGUUCCUGGUGGACAGCUCGGCCGACAGCGAGGAGGAUGUGCAGUGUGCCAACUGCGACCGCUGCUGCACCAAGGCGGAGCUGGACACCAUGUACUUCUGCAACACCUGUGGGCAGCCCCUCUGUGCCCCAUGCCGUGAGGAGACACACCGUGCCAGGAUGUUCGCCCGCCACGAGAUCGUCUCCCUCUCCAAGCGCACCAAAGACAUCCACAAGAAGUGCCCACUGCACGAGGAGCCCUACAUCAUGUUCUCCACUGAGAAGAAGUCCAUGCUCUGCAUCAACUGCUUCAGGGACAUGCAGGGGGAGAGCCGGGCACACUGCAUCGACAUCGAGACCGCGUACAUGCAGGGCUGCCAGCGCCUGGACCAGGCAGUGAUGGCUGUGAAGGAGCUGCAGACCUCCACGCGUGAGGCCAUCGUCCUGCUCAAGGCCAUGAUCGAGGAGGUUCGGAACAGUGCCAGCGAGGAGGAGGCGGCCAUCAACUCCCUCUUCAGCCGCAUGCAGGAGCAGCUCUCCGAGAGGAAAAAGACGCUCCUGAAAGCUGUGCAGAGCCAGCACGAGGAAAAGGAGAAGGCAUUCAAGGAGCAGCUCGCCCACCUUGCCUCCCUGCUGCCCACUCUGCAGAUCCACCUGGUGACCUGCUCAGCCUUCCUGAGCUCUGCCAACAAAGCUGAAUUCCUGGACCUGGGCUAUCAACUGAUGGAGAGGCUGCAGAGGAUUGUCAAGCUGCCUCACCGCCUGCGGCCGGCCCAGACCAGCAAGGUAGAGAGAGCCCUGCUGCAGUGCCAGUGGGCAGUGCCAGUGCCAGCCCUGCCCCAGCCCAGCUGUGCUCUCCUCUCUUCCCCCCAGAUCAACAGCGAGUACCGGGCAGAGUUUGCCCGCUGCCUGGAGCCCCUCCUGAUGCUCAGCCCCCGCCGCUCCGUGGUGGGCAGCGCUGGUGGCAUCGGACCUGGCAUCACUGGCACCAACAUGCUCCCCGGUGGCCAAUGCUCCAAGACCCUCAUGGUGCCCAGCUGUCCCCCCAGCAGUGACAAAAUGUCCACGGGCCCCAUGGUGAAGAAGCCAACGAUGCACCGGUACAUCAGCACCAAGGUGCUGCUGGCUGAGGGGCGUGAGACCCCCUUUGCUGAGCACUGCCGCAACUACGAGAACACCUACCGGAUGCUGCAGACGGAGAUCCAGGGCCUGAAGGACCAGGUGCAGGAGCUGCACCGUGACCUCACCAAGCACCACUCGCUCAUCAAGUCGGAGAUCAUGAGCGAGAUCCUGCAGAAGUCGCUGCAGAUGGACGUGCAGAUCGCAGCUCACUACUCCGCCGUGGAGAUGAUGCGCAGCGUCUUUGAGGAGGUUUGGGAGGAGACCUACCAGCGGGUAGCAAAUGAACAGGAGAUCUAUGAAGCCCAGCUCCAUGACCUGCUGCAGCUGAGGCAGGAGAACAGCUGCCUGAGCACCAUCACCAAGCAGAUCGCGCCCUACGUGCGCUCCAUUGCCAAAGUGAAGGAGCGCCUGGAGCCCAGGCUGCAGGAGCCCCAGGAGCCCAGAGAAGAACAGACCCAGAUGCUGCUCAAGAUCUGUGACAACAAUGAAGUGGUGCCAAGGGAUGCCUCACCUGGCAGCAACAAGGGGGCUUCACCCAGCCCCAGGGUGAAGGACACCCCUGGAGACCCCUCCCCAACAAACAAAGACUGCUGCAGGGGCCAGCAGAAGAGUGGAGCAGAGACUGCUACUCCAAAAGAGCCAGCACCAUAAGCCCAGUGCUGGGCACAUGGCUGGGCUGCUGGGCACAACCACGCCCUGGUGAGUGACCAGCUUCUCUUGCCCAGUGCCACAAGCCAGGGCAGGAAACAGCCCGGGCAGCCAUGUCUGCAGCACAUACAAAGGCCUCAGGUGGACUUGCUUCUGAAAAACUCUCCUUGUGCUCUUCCUUGCAUGUGUCAGAGUGAA